UUCCACAGUUGACCACCAAACAAAUUAUGGCCUCCUAAUUAAUUCAUCACACGACCACAAUUGACAAUUAUACACCGAAAUAAAAUAGAUAUUAUUAAAUAUAUACGUAACCAAAUCCUCUUAUAUAAUGGCACCGUCCUUUCUCCUAUGAGCGUCAUUCCUGUAACACACCUACAAACCAUAAGCAGCAAGCUUAAGCCAAGCUUUUCCCCUGCUAUCUCUAUGGCACAAACAGAUGCACCAGCCCAUGUAGCAAUUUUACCGAGUCCGGGGAUGGGUCAUCUCAUCCCUCUAGUUGAGCUAGCCAAGAGACUCGUUCACCAACACAACUUUUCAAUCACUUUCGUUAUCCCAACAGACGGUUCUACCUCUAAGGCACAGAGAUCAGUUCUUGGAUCACUCCCUAGCGCAAUUCACUCAGUAUUUCUCCCCCCAGUUAAUCUAAGUGACCUCCCUGAAGAUGUCAGGAUUGAAACCACAAUUAGCCUUACAGUCGCCCGGUCACUCCCUUCUCUACGUGAUGUUUUCAGGUCUCUAGUUGAUGGAGGUGCCAGGGUUGUGGCCUUGGUUGUUGAUCUUUUUGGAACUGGUGCAUUUGACGUUGCUAGAGAAUUCAACGUCUCUCCUUACAUUUUCUUUCCUUCUACGGCCAUGGCUCUGUCUUUAUUCUUUUAUUUGCCAAAGCUUGAUGAGAUGGUUUCUUGCGAAUACAGAGAGAUGCAAGAACCCGUGAAAAUACCCGGGUGCUUACCGAUAUAUGGGGGAGAGUUGCUUGACCCGAUUCAAGAUCGAAAGAAUGACGCAUACAAAUGGCUUCUUUACCAUACAAAGAGGUAUAGGAUGGCUGAGGGUGUGAUGGUAAAUAGCUUCAUGGACUUGGAAAAGGGGGCUCUAAAGGCUUUGCAAGAGGUAGAACCUGGCAAACCAACCGUUUACCCCGUCGGUCCACUGGUCAAUAUGGAUUCCAGUGCUGGGGUUGAAGGGUCUGAGUGUUUGAGGUGGCUAGAUGAUCAGCCACACGGCUCAGUAUUAUUUGUUUCAUUUGGGAGUGGUGGGACCCUCUCUUUGGAUCAGAUAACUGAAUUGGCUUUGGGUUUGGAAAUGAGUGAGCAGAGAUUUUUGUGGGUUGUGAGGAGCCCAAAUGAUGCAGUAUCUAAUGCCACAUUUUUUUCUGUGGAUAGCCACAAAGACCCUUUUGAUUUCUUACCGAAGGGUUUUUCGGACAGGACCAAAGGGAGAGGUCUAGCAGUGCCGUCAUGGGCGCCACAACCACAGGUUUUGAGUCACGGCUCAACGGGAGGGUUCUUAACCCAUUGUGGCUGGAAUUCCACCCUUGAAAGUGUCGUGAAUGGUGUGCCAUUAAUCGUGUGGCCACUCUAUGCUGAGCAGAAAAUGAAUGCAUGGAUGUUGACUAAGGAUAUUGAAGUGGCCUUAAGACCAAAGGCCAGCGAAAAUGGCCUCAUUGGAAGAGAGGAGAUUGCAAAUGUUGUGAGGGGUCUGAUGGAAGGUGAAGAAGGGAAGAGGGUCCGCUACAGAAUGAAGGACCUAAAAGAGGCAGCAGCCAGGGUGCUCAGUGAAGAUGGAUCUCUAUCUGAGCUGGCUCACAGGUGGAACAACCAAAAAUGCACUUAGAACCCUUUCCAUUUACUAUCAACUUCUUUUAAACUUUUUAUUUACCUUGUCCAUUUCUCCGAAUCCUUUGCGUUUGAGUUUAGGUUCGCUUUCUUCGAGUUCUCUGUUGUUAGCUGCUCUGCCACAUGAUUAUAUAAUAUUCAUGUGGUUCUUUGUUUUUUAGUUUUUCUUUUUAUUUGCCUUGAAUAUUAGAUGCUGGGCAUCCAGCAA